AUUAUAUAUUUCUCUUCUAGGCUUCUUGCCACUGAAAGUUGUCCUUUCAGUUCUACUACUUGAGAGUAGUUAUGAAUUGUUUAUAGAAAUGAUGAUAGUUAUAAGGAAGAUUGGGUUGGUGAGCAACAAGAAUUGUAGGGAUUUUUUAGGUGGGAACACUCUAAAACAGAGAAAGUUCAAAUUUUAAAAAGGGGACCAGAAGGAGAUAAUGAAAUAGGUUGUUUAAAAUUCAACUCCAACCAGGACUGCUUGAAAUGCGUUUAAUUAAAGGGAAUCAUGUUGUCCUCGUGAUAAUGAAAUUAAGAAUUUUUAUUGUCCUGUUUUUUGAGAAAGUUUUGUAGCUGUUGAUAUAACCAUUACUUUUGAUCUUCACUAAAGAUAGAAUCUUGCAUGAAUAUUGUAGUAGUUUUUAAGGUUCUCAUGAAAACAGAUUUGCAGAUUGAUUAGGGGAAGUGGCUUACUUUUACGGAAGAUGAGGUGUUUCUCUUUUUCUAACUCUGACAAGAAGGAUGAACCAAGGACUCCAAAGUCUGUUUCCCUGCCCUCUUCUACUUCAGCAUCAACUGAUCAUAAUGUGAGGAGAUCUGCUUCUGGAUAUACGUCUUUCAAUGUUUCCGACAUGAGCACCGGAUCUUCUGUGGGAAUGUCACUCGGUUGUUUAUCCCACAGAAUUAGCAAUCUCAGGGAGUUUACAUUUGCAGAGCUCAGGACAGCUACAAAAAACUUUAGCAGAUCCGUCAUGCUCGGUGAAGGCGGUUUUGGGGGUGUAUACAGGGGUUCCAUCAAGGAUGAGGUUGACUCAAACCGGAAAAUUGAUGCUGCUGUCAAACAGCUCAGCAGAAGGGGAUUGCAGGGACAUAAGGAAUGGGUUACAGAAGUGAAUGUUCUAGGCAUUGUUGAGCACCCAAAUCUUGUCAAGCUGUAUGGCUAUUGCGCCGAAGAUGAUGAAAGAGGGAUGCAACGCCUUUUGGUUUACGAAUACUUGCCCAACCGGAGUGUACAAGAUCAUCUAUCAAGUCGAUUCCAGGUGCCUCUACCUUGGGCCACCAGAUUGAGAGUUGCACAGGAUGCUGCUCGCGGUUUGACAUACCUCCACGAAGGAAUGGAUUUUCAGAUUAUCUUCAGAGACUUUAAGUCAUCUAAUAUUCUCUUGGAUGAACAAUGGAAUGCAAAGCUUUCAGAUUUUGGAUUGGCUAGACUGGGCCCUUCGGAAGGAUUAAGCCAUGUCUCGACUGCGGUGGUGGGAACUGUUGGAUAUGCUGCUCCUGAAUAUAUCCAAACUGGCCGCCUAACAUCCAAGAGUGAUGUCUGGAGUUAUGGAGUCUUUCUGUAUGAACUUAUCACCGGCAGACGUCCUCUAGAUAGAAAUCGACCAAAACAUGAGCAGAAGCUCCUGGAAUGGGUGAGGCCGAAUCUAUCAGACAUCAAGAAAUUCGAACAGAUUUUAGACCCUAGGCUAAAUGGGAAAUAUUCUCUGAAGUCCGCACAUAAGCUAGCUGCCAUAGCCAAUAAAUGCUUAGUACGGCAACCAAAAAAUCGUCCCAGGAUGAGUGAAGUUUUGGAACAAGUAACGCAGGUUGUCAAAGAAAGUGCGAUUGUGAGCCCUGAAGCUCCCAUUAGUUUCCGCCUGAAAGAUUCUGAAAAGAAACAGAAGGCAGAUGGAGCAAAGACAACAGUUGUUGAGAACGUAGCAGCAGGAAAUAAAUGGUUGGUUUGGAAGGCAUGGAGACCUAAGCUAGUGACAGCUUCUUGACAAGUAGUUGCAGAAGAAAGGUCGCUGGCAUUACCAAGCAAAUUUUGUAUUGAACCAGAUGAAGCCUGUCAGGCUGCUUUUCUUGCAGCAAUUUGCUUGAUAUUUUAACUGUAUUUAUGCAAAUGGAAAUACACAUCUUUUAGAUGGUUCAUCUCCUUGUGCUGCCAAAAUAUUACCUUUCAAGCAGUAAAAUUGAAAUCUAGUUCCAGGAACCUGUACUGGAAAUAUGCUAAACCCUAAAGACAAUUAAAUUUGCUCCCGAAUCGUGAUAAUGAAAUCGAUGAAUGGUAAGCGGUGACAAGAUAAAAAUGUCUACAGAGACUACAAUCAUAAGAAGUGCCAAAUAACCAAGUAAAAUUCAUCUUCCAUUGUAUCAAUCAAUAUAAUUCAUAGGAUUUCAGAGCAAAUUAAUGCCAUCCGCAUUUAACUUUUAACUUUCAUUUGAUCGAAUCUUUGAGGCAGUCCAUUGGAACAGAAAACAGGAGCUUUCACUGCCUACAGCCUAGUUACAGGUUACAACAAUAUAUUUCCGCAGCUGCACUAAGUUAUUAGCAAGUUCACAUGCUUGUCAAUGUCAUAGAACCAUCGACCAAGCCCCGCUCCCCAACCACUCCGUCCAGCAGAAUUCAUAAAGACUUGGGCAAACUAUACUAUAAAACACAUCCAAGAUGGCAACAAAACUGACAAUUCGGGCCUAUGGUAUGAAAAAAGAAGCUAACAAGGUGAAGCAUUCGACCAAUUCUUCUAACAAAACUCUAUCAGGAAAGGGAUACAGAAAAAAGUCACUCUACACAGAUGACUUCGAGCAACUUUUUACCUUCCUCACUUAACUCCACAUUUUCCAUCUUGAUCCGGUAGCGCAUGGCAGGGCUCGUUCUUCCAGCAGCUGCAUACGUUCUCAGCAAUGUCUCAAAUACAUUCAGAUCUAAUGCUUCUACAGACUGUUUCAAAACCUCUAGAAAACCUUCUGCACCAUCAACAUCCUUGGUUUGCUCAAAGUGUUCCAUAAAUUCUGUCACAACUGCUGAGGGAGGAACCCACUUAGAACCAUCACCUCUACCAAUUGAAAUGGCAUUCUGAAUACACUCCAGAGCUAAUUUUAUAUCUCCGCUCUGGAGAUAAUGAUGAAGGAAAAUCUCCCAAGUUUUGGCAUUAGCCUUUGCCCCACAUCUACGGGCCCUUUCCUUGAGUUCUUCAGCCUUCUCCAACGAACCAUUUUUUAAAUAAGCUCCAAUGAGAACAUUUGCAAUACGGAUAUCAUAAGUUGGCUGCCCAGAUUCCCACUCCCUGAAACAUUUCUCAGCGCCUGGUAAAUCGUUAAGGUUAACCAACGCUUGAAUCAUAUUCAGAUAGCUAAUGUUUGCCGUUUUACGAAAAGCAAGUCUCAAGGAGCGCCAGACUCGGUAGACUUCACGAAUAUUUCCAGUGCGGGCAUAUAAUGUGAUUAAAUACUGGUAUGCAGACAGAUCUCGCCGAUCAUUUUUCUUCUCCAAUUCCACAAGUGCCUUCUCUGUUUUAUCAAAUAAGCCAGCAUCAGCAUAGAUUGAUGCUAAGUUGCUGUAUGUUGUCCAAUCUGAAGAAACUCGACCAUCCCUCUUCAUCUCGUCAAUAACCCUCUCAACCCCAUUAAUAUCAUUGGCAGCAGUAAGAGCCCUCAUCCAAACAUUAUACGUAAAAGAAUCUGGCAUUAUGUUACUGUCUUUCAUCUCUUGGAUCAUGGAGGAGACUUUUUCAGGCUGACCAAUUUUUGUGUAGAGAGUCAUCAAACUAUUAUAAGGCAUAGCCGUCAAUUCUAAAUUAAGUUCUUUCAUCUUCUCCAUUAACGCCUCCGCUUUCCUGACCAUCAAAGCUUUGCAGUAACAGUUCAAGAGAGCACAAUAGAUUAAAUGAUUCUUUGAUGUAUCCGGAAGAGUAACAAAAUAUGUUUCUGCUGAGGCAAUGCCCCUAGUUUUUGCGAUGAGAUCAAGAUGUAUAGCUUCAUCACUAGUUGUCUUGUUCAUUCCCCUCUUUUUCAUAGUCUCUGAAAGCUGUGUAUUGACAAAACAGUGUUAAUGCUUCACAGAUCCAAUGAAAAAAACUCGAGACAACAACAUGCACACUGAUGAUUACUUCACCAGAAGUAAAUUUACACUGACAAAAAUGCAGAAAAGAGAAUAUUGCAAUCAUCCUCUAAUCAUUAACUUUUUCCUCGGCCUACAUUUCCUAGUCAGAGACAGGUUUCUGCAGACAGCAUAAUCAGGGAUAAGCUACUUAUCACAGCUCUACAGAGACAGCUAAAAGGGUUGAAAAAAGACUCCGUCUAACUUUUCAAACAUCCCGGACAAAAAUGAAAUGCUAUUUGCUUUGCCUCCAACACAUAUUUCCAAGUUACCGGUUUAUUCACAUAUUGAGUUUACAAUGUGUUCCUACUUCGUAACUGAGUCAUUUCCAACAUAUGUCUACCCAGACCUACCUUCAACCUUGAAUGGUUUGCCUCAUUAUCAGAAACCAAGUCUGUUCAGACUCAUAUUGGUUUUUACAUAGAGCGAACAGCAUAUCAGAUUUUCACAUAGAGAGUCGGCAAACUUAUACUGUGUCUUCAACAAGCAACGAAAUCGAAUUUUACAUUGUGAGGCCCAAAAUGAGUUUUACAAUCAUUACAAUCCAACCAAUGCUUCAAAAAGCAAUCUAAAACACAUUCUUUGUAUCAGUAAGAAUCAUAGUUAGAAUUUCAACAUCACAAUCACGUUAGUUCAAAAGAAUCACAUCCUAACAACAUUCACUCCCUCUCUCUCUCUUUUCAUUUCACUCCCUCACUUAAAUCAAAUGAAUGAAAUUCCAACUUCAAAACAAAAAAACGAUAAACCCUAGAGAAUAAGCUCCACACGAUUCCCAAAUCAGAAAUGGAGUUUGAGAAAAAAUUGCAAGUAUGCAGAAAAGGAAAAUCAAAGAACCUUGAGUGCAGGGCCAUAGAGGUGGCGUUGACGAAGAAGUUUGAUGGAAUGAUCCACCUCCCAUUUGAAAGCACUUUUAUGGGACUUCAAGAACUGGUUCAAUUGUUGCCUUACGCUUUCUUCUUCGCUCCCUUCUUUGAGGAGGUUUCUGUACAGCGCUUCCUCCACGUACCUCUUCGUCGACCGUUUCGCUACGUCCUUCGUCUUUCUGGUGAACUGUUGCAUAAAUGUCGACGCCAUUUCUGCUUUGACGUGUCGCCUGUUUCUACUAAAUCUAUUUGAUUGCAGGAAGCCCUAGACUCUGCAGAGAUGGAGAAGGAGGAGGAGGAAAACCGGUGGACGGCUCAGUCACACAACAAGGGAUUCGAACUUGGGCUAUGCAAUUGGACCGUACAAUUUAUUGUUGGGUCAUUUCUUGACCCAAUUCUUCUCACAUUAAGCCCAAUGUAAAACUAGCCCAUGGAUCCUUUUUAUUUUCUUUAGGAUGUUAUUUGUUUAUUCAUUAUCAUUAUCCGUCUCAACAUUAAUACUUAUGUUUUCAUAUUGAAAUUCAUGGUUUCAA